GGUGAAGCGCACUGAAAUCAGUUGGGGUCUUGAGAUGACAGAAGUGGAACCAGUGUUGGACUUUGCCUCCUCAGGGCGCUCGGGGAGGAGAAAUGCCCUGCCUGACAUCCUGGGCUCUCCAGCAGGUGUAAACCCCGGUGAUCUCCCUCUGAAGCUGGCUGAGCUGUCCCUCAAAGAUGGUCCAGGCGGUGCCCAGUCCCCUACAGGAGAGGAGCCCCCAGUGUCGCCGGAGAGUUCUGAGGGCAAAGAAGGAUCAUAG